AUGGACAUGAUGAACCAUCGCGAGAGUUCUGAGCAAUGCUGUUCGAAGAGCCUGUCCGGGGGCGUUUCAAAGGCGGCUCUGGCAAACUUGCCAUCGCUCAAAAGUUCCGCGUCUUACGCGAACUCUACCUUCUCGCUCUCGCUUGGUUGA